AUGGUUUGCUAAAACUAUAGAUCACGCUACUCCGCUCUACAACGAUACUAUUAAAUACAGAGAGGAGUAUGAAUACUUUUAUAGAAAACAAAACUUUUAUAGAAACAGUGUUUAUGAUACAAAAUCUGGGGUUCCAGAUGUCACCAACACAUCAGCUAAUGCAAGUAACCUAUAUGAUGACCCGUAUGUUAAUGUGAGUGGGAAACCAUAUCUUCAAAAAGUUCACAAUUGGACGUAUCUCAGAACGGACAAAUUCAAGCAUACACCUCAGGAUGUAGCCAGCGAUCUUGAUUUUAGAAUAAGUAUGGAGGAAAUAGAAAACAAGAUGGGUACCCUUGUUGGAGUUCAAGUUCUUGCUGAAGCUUUUAUGACAGAUUUCUUCUAUAAUAACACACAGAGAGGAUGGUCCAUUACUAGGAUAAUAGAUCCAACCCUGGAUAUCAGAUUUGUAGGCCAGGGUGUUCAAGUAUUCAAGCCUGGAAUGACUUUUGAAACUCAAGUAUCUGUAAAACAUAGUGACCAGGUUGCACUGGACCCGUAUACAUUAGAGCAGUCUACUCUGACAAUAGAAACUAAGAUUAGGAUGGAGAACGGAGAACUCAGAUCAUUGAGAACACAAAGGAUUCCGAAAAAGUUGGGAAACGUUUGCACUUUCCGAGAUAUUGUUCAUAUUCGAGAGUAUGAUAAACUUUUCGAAGAUGCUGAGGUUGAGGAUAUAGAAGAACAUGAUAUAUUCUUCUCUGAUCAUACUGAGGAGCACUCUGAGUUUUGCAGGGAUAUGUUUGCUUUAGAGGCAUCUUUUAAAGAGUUUAGAGAAACAGGGGUUCAUAGAAUCAUAAUAGAUACCCCUAAGGAUGCAGAGGAGAUUGAGAUUACUGCGACAUACAUUGAUGAUGAUAAUACUAAAGUUACGGCAUCUUUACCAGUUUACGCUGCGUAUGCUCCGUACCAGAACUUUAUUCAUGUACGCACUAGCACUAGCAAAAUCAGAGUAGGUGAAUAUGUAGUGUUCCAUGUAAAGAUGACUCAGGUUAUUGAUCAUUUUGAUUGGUUAAUUAUAUCCAAGCAUAUCAUUCUUACCAGAGGAAGAGAGUUUUCUGGUUCAAUAUUCUCCCAUACAUAUACAUUCAGUGUUGUAGUGAGUACAGAGAUGGCUCCUGGGUUCCAUAUUCUUGUCUACACUAAAACUGAUCAGGAUUAUUUGAUCACAGACAGUCGAUAUUAUCCUGUUGAAUCAAUUAACAGACAUAAAAUAGAAUUAAGCCUUACUCAACGGAAAGAUCAUACAAUGAAAACAGUUGAGGUGACGUGUAGAGGAGAUCCAGGUUCAGUUUUCAUGGUUUCAUCUCCUAGACAAUCAAUGUAUCCAAACCAGGGUGGAAAUCUGUUGAAUGAGGCAGCAGUGCUUGACAGCCUCAAUUUGUUUGAGGACAAAGAUUAUCAUACUCAUAGAGUUUUUUGGACUGUCAGGGAAGGUGAAGCCCCAGAUUCUGUUGCAUAUUUUCCUUCUAUGGAUUAUGGAAUAGAUUCCAACAGAACUCUUGAACUUCAAGAUCUUGUAGUUUUUACUGAUUUUGUUUCUAUCCCGCAAACACCUCUGACUAGACACUGUUCUAACACCACAGGACUUAAUCCUUGCAUGCUCACGGGUUGCUUUACAGAAGAUCAGAGAUGUAACGGAGUCCAGGAUUGCGAGGAUGGAUAUGAUGAGAGUAAUUGCGGAGACCAUUCGAGGAUAAAACAAGAGCUCAAUUUCAGAUACAGGUUAUCAAGAUUUAGUCGGUUUGAUGAUUUCUACGACAAUGAGGAUGGGGAGUGGGGUUGGUUUGAUACUAAUAUAGACGAGGAUCAUGAACAGUUUUUAGAGCUCGAGGUGCCAGAGACAGCUGAAGAAUGGUUCUUCACUGCAUUCAGUGUGAGUAAAACGUACGGUAUUUCAAUCUUGAACCAAGUUGUUCCUUUUUCCUCCUACCGACCCAUCUGGCUGUACUGUGAAGGUCCUGAAACUGUACGGAGGGGGGAAACUGUUGGAAUAAGAUGUACAAUUUUCAACUGGAUAGAUGAUGAUAUAGAAGUUAUGUUAAACCUUAGGGGUUCGGACGACUAUGAGUUUGUUCAUGUCUAA